UAAGAAUAUAUAGUGAUGAGAGAUCUGAUUUUCAUAAUUUUUGCCGUACAAAUCUACCACGCCGAAACAUCAAAGGAAUCUGAAAACAUUGGUGUUCUCCUUCCAAUCCCUGCGACCAAAGAUUCCAAAUCUGACGCAAACUUCCAAGUGAAACCAAUAAACAACAAGAACAUUUUAAAACUAUACGAAGCGUUAGCAAAACAUGUUCAGAAACCAAACCUUCCGCAACCGGCAACCAAGGCCCCACCAAACGACUACGUGAAAAAUCCAACAGUGGCAACUGGGAGACCCGUCCUUCAAUUGAUAGAACAUUCAGUUCAGAAAAGCCGAGGCAUGGUUCGGGAACAGAACGAAAGGCACAUCAUCCCGAAAUAUUCUACUCAGCGCCCACAGAUUGUCAAAUCACAACCUCUUCCAGGUGGCGCUGUACGUGUACCGAUUACUGUCAUUCACAGUAAAAAAUUACGCGCAAAAUCCAGAUUACAUUCUAAAGCAGAUCAGGUGGUGCCAAUCAAGAUGGACAGCGGCGAGUUUUUGUUCAUGCCUCCCAAAAGAAAUCCUGACAUUGAGGAAGCAAAAAAGACAAACUUCGUAUCCACCAAAAUAAUCCAGAGUCAGACGGAAAUGCCGACAAGCCAGCAGUUGUUCUUAGCAUCCUUUAAGAGAGAAGAGCUUCAGAGGCAGCUGGAUUAUAUUAAAGCAGUUAAGGAGGAUCUUUUGGCUGAGAAGCUCAUGGAACGAUUCAGAACUGACGACAGCCCAUCGAAAAGAGCCAACGAAGACAAGGAUGAUGACAAUGACGACGAAGAUGAUAGUGAACUCACGUACGACAUAGACGGAAGAACGAACCAUAAGAUUUUUUGACGUGAAACAACCGGCGAGCCGUAGAAUGACUCACAAUUAGAAUCCUGGAUCCCAAUUCCACCAAUUUUCUUUAAACCACUGGUCACUGUAAUUCCAUUAUAUGAGACUCCACUGCGAUCAUAUUGCAAUUUUGAUAAUAUUUGUUAUUCUGCUAAAAUCUAGUUGCAAAGGCAGUUGAGUCUCAAUAAGGUGUCUCUUCAAUAAUUAAUUAUCAAUGUUGCCUCACUACAAUAUUCAAUCAUAAACAUUUAGUCUACACAUUCAAUAUACUUAUAUAAUAUUAGAACCAUCGACUCGCCGUUGAAGAGUAAAAUAUGAAAAAAUUGCAAUGGCAGCUCAAUAGGAGCUAUAGCUAGCCACUACUCUAAUUUUUUGCAGAAUCCACACAUUGGCACUCUAUGAACACACAUCUGAGAUGAUUUAAAAUUAGCAGGAUUGGGGCUACUGUUGGGUAAUUUUCCGAAAUUUUUAUUUUUAUAAUAUCAAGUGACGGGACGAACAAGUCUUGCGCGUGAUGGUAAGG